UGUAGCCGUCAUCAGCUAUUACACACUCAGCUUUAGUUCCCUCUGGGUCUCGAAUCGUUGUGGAUAUAUUCGUCAAGUGAGUUUAACCUAUGAUAAAAUGGAGGGCUCUGUUUCUCGGCGAGAUGCGGCCGGGCUUUUUCCGACGCAACUUUCGCCAUUUCUCCACGCUCGCCAUUGUCGCUUGUUUUUAUUUAAUGCUGCACAAAUCCAGCACUACAUUUAAAUCCAACAUCAAUGUUCCCACGGAAAUGACACCUAAAAACAAUUUGUCGUUUCAAUCACCGCUAAAGGAGAAACAAAAUAAGGUGCUGCCAAUUAGAACGACACGGAAUAAUCUGACGACAUCCGCAGCUCCUCUGUCCUCAUCCAGCAUCCGGAAAAUCAAAAAUCUUCCGAGAAUUGGAGCCCCGUCAAUGGAUCUGAAUAAAACACUCAACUGGCUGGAUUUGUGGUCGAACGAUACUUUCUGCAAUCGAUUUACCGUUCACCUGUUGGAGGAAAACCUUCCACCUCGAGCUCUUGUAUCUUUCCCCGGAAGUGGAAACACUUGGCUGCGGAUGCUCUUGAUGGGAGUGACUGGCUAUUACGUCGACACCAUUUACCCUGGUGACGAACUCUUCAAUUCCAAAGCUGGGAGCAGCUACGAAUUGAAAAAGGACUGCAAUUGCUCUCUGCUGCAGAAAACUCACGAUCUUUCGCUGUUCUCGGUGGUGUACAACAUGGCGCUGGCCAACAAGUCGAGUGACAAACGACUGAAUCAAGAAGUUGAGCACUUCAGGGGUGAUGGCAUCCUGGUGAUUCGCAACCCUUUCAAAGCUAUUUUGUCUUAUCGCAAUUUCGCAUUCGGUGGGAACAUGGCCGGACUGGCGCCGGCCGAGGCAUUCUCUCAAGGACCAGGGCCGAUUGUGAUUGGAACUCGACGAAUUUCCACCUGGGACCAGUUUAUCAGCCGGAGCGUCGCCAGUUGGGAGAUGCUGGCCACCGUGUGGAUCCGAGGAUUGAAACGCGGAGGCGUCGUUUACUAUGAGAAAUUGCGCCGGGACACGGGGCCGCAACUGUUGCGGAUGGCGGAAAUGCUCGGGAUUCCGGAUGUGAAUAAAGAUCGGCUGGAUUGCGUUCUCCGUCACAACCAGGAUAAUUCUUUCAAACGGAGCGAAUCCGGUCCAAAGAAUUACCCAAAGAAUCCUUUCACAGAGAGCCAACACUUGCUGAUCCUGAAAUCCAUUCAAAAUGUCCAAUUGGCGUUGAAAGAUAGAGGACUCGAUCCUUUGCCUGUCGAGAUGUACGACUUCUACACUCCCAUGUAUCAAUAUGGGCGAUGGGAGGGCUAUCGUUAAAUGCCAUGAUUGUUUUAAUUUUACUUCCCGUACGUCCAUGUCCAAUUUCGAUUUUACAAUACACCAAGUCAUUUAAGA